AUGUCUAACAUACAUUUUUUCUCAUUCUUUCCAGUUCACCUUCAGUUUGAAGAGCUGACGCUACGCGACUACGUGCUUCACUCCAUAGUGAACAACUUUAUCAUAGGCAACUUCACCCCAACCACCUUCGCCGAGCGGCCGUGCAGAGAUGAUUCUCUUCCAUAUUUCCUACCGAAACACAGGCGUUCCGAGCGCUCAAAACAUAUGAAAAAGACCAAAAGAUACGGGGAUACCUACAGGACAUUCGGAGACUAUAGUUUAAAAAGUGUAGAUAGCCUUAGUGAUGGAUAUUACUUCAGACCAAAGUAUCGUAGUUAUAGUAGAGAUGAGAGGUCGGUGUACAGAAGGAUUGCCAAGAGUUUGCGAAUGAGAAGACGGUAUCUGCCGGCGAAGGUGGUGAGUGGACCGCUGGCCAGCAGAACGUCGGUACUGCUGCAGUGGUCGCUGAACGACGCCGUGCAUUUAGAUAGUGAGGGGACUAGUGUUGUUUUUAGGUUACGAUAUAGGAAGACGACGAGUGCCACCAUUUACCAAGUGUUCUUUACAAAAAAAUUAAGAUUAGAUUGUGCGAUACGCCUAAGAAAUGUACGCGCGGGUCGCGUGCACUCGGGUCACGUGCCGCGCACGCACGGCUGCCGCGUGCUGGUGCCGGCGCCGGGCCCGCGCAGUGCCGUCCUCAUCGAGCUCCAUAAGCUCAAUGUGCCCUGCUCCACUGGGUUCAUCCGCUUCGCUCCUAACACUCCCACCCUGUGCGGCAAACUGGACCAAAUACCGCUUCCCAACAGAAAGUUCCUCUACACCUCAUCAUUUAAGAACCCCGCCAUAGAACUACACGGCCGGCCCACGUUCGCCGCGGUAUACCGUCUAGUAGACCAUUGCCAUGAUGUUCUACUUACGGGAAGAAACGGCUCGUUCGAAGUCGGCCCGACAAUCAAACUGUCAUGUUCGUAUGAGAUCCACCUGCCAUACGGCAACCGUGUCGCUCUGCGGCUACAAAUGGGCACAGGACCAAUGGAUGCGAAAGAAAACGACGUGUCCAAUAUAAUACAUGAAGACGUGCAAGCGUUGUGUAGAGGGAUGGAAUUAAGUUUAGAAGACGGAGAUUCUAAGUGGAAGCAUUGCUCCCAGCCUGGUGACCCUUUGAGAAGUGUUCAGAUUGUGUCUGAAGGAAAUUCAGUGCGUUUGAAUAUUAGUAUAACUGCAAAGAAGAAUACAUCAGCCAUGUGGUUGAAAGUGUGGUGGAUGGACAAAGCCAUAGAGAACAUCGUGGGGCAUUGUGACUAUGGGUGGGUGCUGUCUGGGGAUUUCUGCAUAUCAGCGGUGCGAGAGGCGAAGAAGGCAUGGAGACAAGCGGAAGCAGAGUGUGUGAGGCUGGGAGGACACCUCGCCAGUGUGCUGAAUGAGAGACAACAGCAAAUUAUGGACCAACUACUUAUACAUGCUCCCGGUGCUGGAGUAGAUGACGUGUACUGGAUCGGAGCGACUGAUGCCGUCCAUGAAGGCGAGUUCCGAUGGUCGGAUGGACUACCCUUCUCUUAUGCACACUGGUUUCCCGGCUGGAGAAAGCACAGUGGCCAGCCCAAUGAUGACGGCACAUCAGGCCAGGACUGCGUGGAGGCCCGUCGCGAGUUCCCUCCACGACCACCACCAGCUGCCACCACCUUCAUGUGGAACGACAGAGGAUGCAGGGAACAUAACUACUUCGUCUAUCCCUACAUCGCGUCCAAGAUCCUAUGUAACGAGACGAUAGUGCUGUCUCACUCGCACCCGCACGCUAUAAUAUCGAGCCCCGGCUUCCCCCGUCCGUACCCUGAUGAUGUUGAGUGUGUGAGUGAGAUCCGAGCGCCGCCUGCGCAUACCCUGAGACUGCACUUCGAAGAGCUGCUGACUGAACAUGAGCCGCAUUGCAGCUACGACUACCUAGAAAUCACGGAGGAGGGUGUGGACAACAGCACGCAAUCUUGUAUGGACUCGAAGCAAGUUCUGUUCAAUGGGCACUGCUACCUGUUCUCCGGUUACCCGAAAGCAUCCUGGGCGACUUCAAAACAGGUAUGUGAGGGCCUGAACAUGCAUCUAUCAUCAGUCCAUUCAGCAGACGAAGAACGGUUCAUAGUGUCAGGCAUCCGACAAAGCAGCGAUUACAGCGCUGGUUCCAUCUACUGGCUGGGAGCCCGUUUAGACGGUGAAGAGGAUGAAAGCUUGAGCUGGAUUGAUGGAAGCGCUGUAGGGUUUCAGGGCUGGCCACCUUAUAAUGACACCGAGGAAAUAGAGGACGCGUGUUUGGGCAUUCAGUGGAAGUCUUCACCAAUCCCGUCUCUACCUAGUGGCUUGUUUUGGACCUUACACAAGUGUGGGAUGACAGGCGGGUACGUGUGCAAGCGACGUCUCAACCCAGAGCACGUAGUCAAGAACAGAACGGUUGAAGGAACUUCUGGAGUGCUAACAAGUCCCAAUCAUCCUGGCAUGUACGACAACGACCUUGACUUCUGGGUACACGUGGUAGGCCCUGAGGACACGCGCCUAGUUUUUGUUUUUCAGAGAAUCGAUUUGGAAUAUCAAAAAGACUGCCUUUACGAUUUUGUUGAGGAACAGCUAUUGCGUCUUCGGCCCACCCAAGGUUCAGGGUUCUCAGUGACAUGGCGAGCGGUGGAGCUGGUCGGCUGCCCAUCACAGACUAUCACAUCUAAAGAAGGAGUCCUAAAAAGCCCUAACUACCCUCACUUUCUACUGCCCAACCUGGAUUGUACCAUCGAUAUUCUGGCUCCUACAGGCAAACGAGUCUUCCUGAACAUUAGUUUCUUCGACUUUGGUUACGGAGUGUUUGCAAAGGGCGUCCCUAUCAAUGUCACGGACUCAAUCCCUGAGGACUCUUUCAUUGACGUCCAGAUCGACCCUCAGAACCCUCCCAUCAGGCCGUUCCUGAACCCCAACAUCCUGACCAAUGGCCUCUUCGUGUCUCAAUCCGAAAUACUCCGACUGAGGUUCAAAACUGGAGAGAAUGUCACGGGACAAGGGUUUCUGGCGUAUUAUAAAACGAUUAGCUACCUGAACGCGUCUCACGUGUUGGAAGUAGCGUCAGGCGUGGGCGGUCGCCUGUCUGCGCCCAACUGGCCGCAGCUGGCGCCGGCGCGCGCCGCACUGCGCACGCGGCUCGUGGCGCCACACCAACACACACUCACACUGGCCUUCACGGCCACAACACUCGUCGCUACUGGAGACGAUCCCUGGCCGUGUGGCCUGGGGAGCGGGUGGAUACAGGUGAAAGACAGCUACACAGACAACAACGGAACGGAAUGGACUCUGUGCGAGGUGGAUAGGAGUAAGAGGAAGCUGGAGCCGCGCGCGCCGCUCGUCAUCAACUCGUACUUACACUCACUCAGUGUCACUCAACACGCGGGGGACAGGGGCGUCAAUAUGGAUGUCUCGCUCAUGGUAAACAAAGAUCCAGAGUACCACAGCAAAGUGCUACUAAUAUCUGAGGAGACGAGCUUGGAGUCCUGUUACCCAAACCCAUGUCUACACGAUGGAAGAUGUGCCACUGAUGAUGGAAGAAGUUACUGCCAGUGUUCAGGAUAUUACGCUGGUUUGUUCUGCUUGGUGACGGCGUGCGAGCGGUCGCCGUGUCUGUAUGGGAACUGUACGCUCGUGGCGGAGGGCGCGGGGGGCGCAGGGGGCGCGGGUGCUGGUGGCGAGGGGUUUGUGUGCGCAUGCGCGCGAGGGUGGCGCGGGCGGCGCUGUGCGGAGCGUGUGCGUCCGUGCGCGUCCAAGCCGUGCAACAACCGCGGCGCCUGCACCGAGCGGGACGGAGGGUUCCUCUGUCAGUGCAACCCAUCAUGGAAGGGCAAGAGAUGUGAGAUCCCAAAUCCGUCCCCCAACAUCAUCAGCUUGGGUCAGCGCAUGCUCCAGGAACCGUUCUGGCUCGGCCUCAUCACUGUGUUUGUGGUGCUGGGUAUGAUAGGCCUGGUCUGGUGCGCCAAGCGACACUUCCCCGAGAAGAUCGAGAAGCUGCUGGCCGAGGAGGCUGACCGAUGCGCUAGACCGGGCGUGCUGCAGGACGCGGCGCCGCACCGCACGCUGCUGACGCGGCUGGGUAUCCGCAAGCCGUCGGUGUCGGGGCUCGCGCCACACCCGCGAGCCGCGCGCACCUUUAGCUUGGACGAUCUGUUAAAGCCGCCGCCCGGACGAACACCGUCACCUCGUAAAAAACGUAACAAUUCCACUCCAACUAAGAAAAACGCUGCUGAGAAAAAACAAAUUUUGCAACAACUUAUAAGCCCUGCAACAACUAAUGACCAUUCAAAGAAGAUAACGAUGGGAGAUCUGAUACAGAUGUCUGAGAAACGGACGCUGAGUACAGUAGAAAGUGCGCCCGCAUUCAUGGACUAUGGAAAUGAAAACAAAGAGACUUCGUUUGCGAGUGAAGCUUCUACGCCGUCCACGUCGCCUUCCAUGCGGCACAUUUCAGACCCAAAACUGGAAAAGAAAGUGACGUUUGCAAGACUACUGAACAAAGUAUCCGCUGAAAUGAGCUCUAGUUCCGACGUAGACAUGGUGAACACUAUCACCAUUCCUAUGGCGGUAAUAUCAGACAGAGGAAUAAAAGCAAAAGCGUCGAGUACACCGCCCUCGCCGGGAGUCGAAGUACGAUCCCCUCACAGCACAUCCAGCAACCAGGGAAGUGACUCGAUGUCGAGCUUGGACUUGACGUUGACGCACACUGCAUUGAAGAAAUAUUCGAGACAGCCAAAAAUCUCAAGCGCUGACUCCAUACUGGCGAUGUUCCGGAAUUUCUCAUCCUCAUCAGCAGCAAUAGUGUCGCGAGCGUCGUCCGGAGGAGUGUCCGUGUCCAGUACACCGUCAGCUUCAUCACCUCAGGACGAUACAGUGGACGCGGACGACAUAUCCAUAGCAUCCUCACACAUACCCUCACUGGCGCCAGACUCGCCUGUCACCAGGCCACAUAACACUAUUGAGAUCCAGGUUCUGGACCCUCUAAGUGCACACAAAUCUUCAUCAUCAGGUAGCAACCUACUUCAUCCACCGUCCAUACUCCUUGAAGUACCGAGUGGGAUCAACAAAUGUUUGUCCCCGAUACGAGAGCUCCCUACACCACUACCUACCCCCCUCCCGACACCCCUACCCACCCCUCUACCGUCCCCUAGACUGCCACGAGCUAGUAUUGAAAUGGAUGUUAAGAGCGAGUCUACAGCAACUGUCAUGUCACCCAGUGAAGAUGAGCUCGAUGAAAUUAAGUGCGAAACGAAGAGUGACAGACCAACUUCUGGUUUGCGAUUGAAGCUACGACCAAAUUUGCUGAGCACGGACACAGCCACUACGACGCCGACACCAUCGACACAUAUGACGUCAUCAGCCAGCCCGAGUUUGACCCACAGCCCUGCGUCGCCCCCUGGCGUGCUGCCGGGCGUGCUGCCAGGCGUGCUGGGCGGUGGUGUGCCGGCGCUGCGCGUGCCAGUGCUACAAGUGCAGCGCGCGUCCCCCGGGUCGCCACCGCCCCGUCGUACGCCCCCGCACUUAGAGUUCCAGCCACCGCCCCUCAUUACCGUCACCUACAAUGCUAGCGAGGAGUCCGAUGAGCCAAUGUCCCCUAGACCGCCCCCACCGUCCGGCAAUAUGUGCUACCUAAGUCCCUUCUCGAUGUCCGCGAGAGGAGAACGAGCUCCAUCAGAAUCGAACCUAUCCUCGUCAGGGUACAGCUCUAUGGCGAGCCCUGGACCCUCGAGGUGUGGUUCUAGCAAUCCCUUAUGUCCUUCAGAAAUGGAAGACCCUGGGUCUGGUGGUGGCCCAUCCUGUUUUCAGUCCAGGAGACGACCGCUCAUGAAAACUAACUCCAGCCCUGCAGCUUCUAAUGAUGACAGUAAGGAACGUAGGCGAGGACGAUCUGACUCCGAGACAUUAUCCGACGACCCCCUGUUAGAGUCUAAUGACGAGGGCAUAGGUACAGACGAGAGAGUAGACGACGUACCCACCAGCGCGAAAGAGAUGGAACUAGUCGCACUGAAAGAGACUUUAGAGAUUCCGCAAGCCACCCUGUGCUCCCCUAGCGGAGUGACCAAGUGUUCAAUAGUCAAAUGUGUUAGUGUCGAGAGAGGAUUAGACGAGAAGGCUAGUUUGAGGCCUCCCACUUUAAUAACUGAAGGUAGUAGGCCCUUGAGCCCAGUCAGUUCCAGGAGCGAGAGCCCAUUAAGUGACAAAACUGGUUUGGGAAGGUUUUCUCCACAAUUUUACGGUAGACAACUACCGUUUACAGAUUCUGACGGGUUGUACGACUUUCCGAGUUCGGAAUGUGUGAAAGGUGCCAACAACAAGUUAGGCAGUAACUGUCAGAAGAAGAGUGGCAGGAAGCGCGACCGCAGGAACACGCGCACCGCCUCGCAUGACGUCACAGGCAACAACAAGCCCACGCUGCCACACAUGCCGCACUCCAUGCACAACCUGUUGGAGGUGCCAGGCAGUCGUGACGGCGCGACCCGUGGUCGCAAGGGUGGCAGGCGUCGGUCCCGGUCCCAGGCGCCGGCACCAGCGUCAUCAUCAUCGUCUGAGGACUCAGUGUCCAACGCCAGCGUGGCGUCAGUGGCCUCCGCCAGGGAACUGAGGUUACCUGAUAUGGACAUGCAGGACACGUCGUCUAAAAUAUCUUCGAGUUUGGAUCUAACGGAGGAUUCCAGAAAACCACCAAAAGUCAACAAAUUGCGGACGAUAAGCAAUCAGAUAAGAUUUCUCCGACGGCUAGAGCGCAGCUUGAAAAUGAAAGAAAGUUACCCAGCUCUUUCCGACGACGAAGGAGACGAGUCAUCGAGCGUCACUUCACCCCUACUCCAAGGUCGGAAGGACUUAGGCCGACUACCCAGCCACGCGAUAUCAGCUCCUCUACUUAGUGCAGUUAGACCCAAAAUUACUAGACAAAGACGUUACGAUAGGUCGUUAGUAAGUGAAGACACAAGGACUUUAAAUACUGCCGCAGGUCAAGACAAUUCUGACUGAAAUUAAACUAUUUGUGUUGAAUAGUGCUAUUUCAUUUGACUCACAGGUACACGGUUUUGUAGGUACGUAUGUAUUUCUAAAUGUUAUUUUGGAAAAACGAUAGUCGCUAUGGUAACUGUUAAAAUUCGUCGACCUUUUGGACAUUACGAAUUAUCUCCAUGUUCACGAAAUAUCAAAUCGACAUGAGUAUACAAGAUUCUAAUCUAAUGUGAUAUAUUAAACUAAGCGACACAAAUACUAGAACGUUAUUGAUUUGAAGUAGAUUUAAUAUUUAGGAGAUUGAACGUUUUCAUUUCCUUCAGUUCACUUUUGAUGUCUCAAAGUACUCGUAAUUUAGCUUCAUGUUGUACAUAAUUUUCUCGAUAGCAAUAACUUAUUUGUACAAGAUUUUGUAGGAAGAAAUAUUUUACUAUAAGUAAUCGUAGUGACGUACUGUAAUGUAGGACACGAGUCAUCGCUAUCAUUUCUACUCCUUACCUUAAACUAAAUAGUUGUUUUAACAUAUAGUAUGUUUUAUAAAAGAUUACUUUCGCUUUAUUUGUAGUUUCUGUUAAAUAUACUACGUAUAAAAUGCUUUUUGUAAAUAUAUUAAACGUAUUGCUCAAAUGCAUAUUUUGUGAAAUCGUUUUUUGCGCACUUUUUGCUGUUUUGUAAAUAUAAUACGUAUGUAACUUAUUUAUUAUUGUAAAUAUCGGAUUCGAGAGAAAUCUUUUCAUUUUUCUUGACAAAAAAUUACAUGUAAAAUGUUCUAGAUUAUAAGUAAAAAACAAAAUGAAAGGCCCAAAAAAAUCUGUAUACCAAUUGCACAAUUACUACUUAUAUACAAUUAUAUAUAUGAAUAUAAGCACUCAUAAUACGUUAAGCUAUGUAUUGAUACCUUGAAGUAAGUAUGUACUCGACGCACCAAUAGAAUAGUUUGUUCCAUGUAUGUGUAACAAUGCCACACUAUCAACUCCGUAGACUCCCUUCAUAGUCCUAUUGAAUAGUUCCCUAUUCUGUUGUUAAUGCAUAUUUAUUUUAAGUCACUCUAGAAAUUACCUUAUAAUCAAUAGAUACCUAGUUUAGUUAGCUUUAACAUAAUGUAAAAGCUUAAAAACGUUCCAUAUAGGAUAUAGAUACGUAUUAAAUUUUUUAUUGG